GUGAGCCAGAUAACACCAAUUUAUAUACCAAGAUGAAAUUAUUCUCCCUAAUAGUAGGCGUGGCUCUCGCAGGGGUAGUUUGCGCCAGCCAAUCAGAGGACGCCAGCAACGAGAACCGGCCAAUGGAAUCCCAAGAAAAUGACGCGGGAGUGAGACAGAUAGAUGUUCCCGAGGUCGUUUUACAGCUGAAGUAUAAUAGGGGAGAGUUGAAUAGGAUAUAUUUGACGCAGUUCAGAAAGGACGUGAAGGCUUGGGCGCCCUCAGUGACGGCUCGAAGCAACCUGUGUGCGGACCUCUGCCACGCAGGACUGGGUGGCGAGGCGUGUGGAUCGACCUGCUCCCAGCUGAUACCGGUGGGACUCCAGUCAGCUCUGGAGGAGACGAACCAGACGGCUGUAGUGUACGGACAUCCCCGUUCAUCCGUCUGUCCUGCGCUGUGCUCAAACCAGCUUGGUGAACCACUCUGUAACUGCGCCAAAUCGGAGGAAGAACAUGAAGUGGACUGGAGCGCUGUCUGCACCGCCUUCUGCUAUGAUGGAUAUGUUCUUAAUGGAUGCCCAACCUGCGACCCAUCUUCCACCGAGACACCAGCUAUUUACAAAGCUCGCAUACUCACAACCUAUGAGGGUUGGGCGGCGUGGUGCGACGUGCAAUGCAGGCAAGGACAGGGCGGAGCAGCCUGCAACUGUUCCCGUACACCUUUCCAGUAAUG